AUGUGCAGCGUCGUUUCCCUGUCCCUUCUGAUACUCAACAAAUCCAAGCAUGUCCGCGUCAUCAUUCGCACUCGACCGACCUCCGAGUUUGCACAGGACAUUAUACGCUUUGGCGAUGAUCAUAAGGCACGCAAUGAGGGCGGGUACAUCAACAACCAGCAAGAGAACUGGGACUUCAAGUUCGACAACAUUCUGCAUAACGCGUCGCAAGAAACCGUUUACGAGGAUUGCGGAACCUCCAUCGUGAAAGGUCUUCUCGAAGGAUACAAUGGCACGAUUCUGGCAUAUGGACAGACAGGCGCUGGAAAGACUUUCACCAUGCAACACCGAGGACUGAUUCCCCGGACCAUCUCACAUAUCUACCGCGAAAUUGCCGAUCGCCCACAGUUUGCCUUCACCGUUCGCGUGAGCUAUCUGGAGAUCUACAACGAGAAUAUGGGCGACCUUUUGUCGACGUUGUCUACAAAUUCAAAUGAGGGCAUACUGACGGUGGUGGAGGAAAAAGGCGGUAGGUGGUCGAUCCGUGCCGGAGCCUCGUACGUCAAGGGAUUGACAAUGCCUAUCACCAAUAACGAGGAGGAGGCUCUGAACUAUCUGUUCGAAGGCGAGACCAACCGGGCCAUCGCCGAGCAUCAGAUGAACAAAGGGUCCACGCGCUCGCACUGUAUCUUUACCAUUUACAUCGAGUCGCGCUCCCGGGUCGAGUCUUCAGAGAAGGUCAUGUACUCCAAGCUUAACCUUGUGGACUUGGCUGGCUCCGAACGGCUGUCGAAAACCCAAACAUCUGGGGUGUCUCUGAAAGAAGCCAUGCACAUCAACAAGUCCUUGACCUUCCUGGAACAGGUCAUCAUAGCGUUGGCAGACAAGAAACGAGAUCAUGUCCCAUAUCGCCAGUCGAAGCUCACCAAUGUCCUUCGCGACGCUCUUGGUGGAAAUUGCAACACACUGAUGAUCGCCAACAUCUGGGGUGAAAAGGAGCAUAUCGAAGAAACCAUUUCGACACUUCGGUUUGCGACCCGGAUGAUGUGUGUCACCAACACACCAGAGCUGAAUGUGCAGUACGAUCCUCUUGCCCUCAUCAAAAAGUAUGAGAAUCAGAUCCGAGAACUCAAACAGGAGCUCGCCAUGCACGAUACGCUCGCCAGUCGCUCACAUGUCCAAUACGAGCCAUUUACCGAAACGCAAAGGUUUGAGCUUCAGAAGACGCUCAAGUCCUUCAUUGAGAAGGACGACGAGGAUAUCGAGAUCAUCAACUUGCGACAGAUCCGUGAAAUCCUGAAUCAGUUCAAGAUUAUGUACAAGAAUCUCGAGGCCGAGCUUGAAGACGUCAACCGGCACCCACGAAAUACAAUCAGUACUUUUACCUCGAUCCAAGAUCGAGCACCGGCCGCCGAUAGCGAGCUCCAGAGUCGAAGCAACGACCUUGACAAAGACGACGGCGUCGGGGACAUGGAAGGAAACGGAUUCAAUGUUGGAUUGGCGCCGAUGGGUGGUCGUGGCGGGGCGCCCAGCAAAACCUCGAACAAGGACAAGAAAGGGGCUGGUGGGAAGCGAUUGUCCAAGCUGGUUCCGAAUGCCGUGCACCACGAGCCUGGGGAUGACGAAUCGCUGAAAGACGGUUACAACAAGAACCGUCUGCUUCCACCUCCAAGCCGUGCCGACGAGUUCGAAUCCUUCAAGAAGGGCAAGGGCAUGGAGAUGAACCGAAUUCUCAACGAAAACAAAGCGGUGCUGAAGGACAAGAAAAAAGGCGCCAGAGACAUGGCCGAGAUUGUCAACAAUCUCAAGCAUCAGAUUGACGAAGUCAAGGAAAGCAUCGGGCGCAAGAAAGUGGAACGAACCCGUGGUUAUCCAAAUGACAAGCUGGGCGAUAACGUCAUCAUCGACGAGGAGGAGUAUACGCUGCUGAACACGCUCAAGCAACUCAAGGCCCAGUAUCGCGAGCAAUUCGAUCAGCUCAAGCACACCCGGUCCGACAUUGAAUACUGCACUCGCCUGGUCGACCAGUGCCGCCAGAAGCUCAUGUCUGAGUUCGAACAGUGGUAUGAGGCGACAUACGGUGCCCAGCUCGCUGACGUCGACGGCGAUGUCAUGGACAUUGGUGAAAAGUUUGAGAGACUGCAGAUGGAGCGAAUGUCUCAAGAGGAUCCUGAUUCGCUGCCAUACUACAAUGCAAAGCGGCGGACCUUGAAGGUGAGUGCGACCGAGACGCCCAGCCAAAGCUCGGCCUCCAACUCUCCAUGA